AUGCUCACCACGACGAGUAAGAUUCCCGCUUGAAGUUUCAUCGCUGAUGUACCAAAGCCCUCGAAGACGGCGGAUGGCUGGGUGCUCGUCGAGUGUAAAACGAAGAGUGCGAAGAAUGCGAGCGAUCGCUCUUUAUCGCUUUCAAUCCGAUCGGAAGAGAUGUUGGUGAUGUUAGUCGGCGGAUAUUCGGUUCAAGGAUCUUCGGUUCUGGGCCUUCUUCGCGAGCUCCUGCAGGACAAUCUGGCUGGAAGACCAGUUAUCCACGAGAAAAGCGAUUGGGACUUUGACCCGGACGUUGGGAAAUUCAGGAGAGCCCAAUUCGAGGCUAUCAAUGGACGGCAAGGCCGUGACCUGAUCGACAGACUGGGAUACGGGAUCGGUGCACAUGGAGUAACACCUAAAACCACCGGCGUUAAGCAGCCCGCAGUGAUUCUAGCCAAUUGGGAUGCGCCCACGCCCGGGAGCUACUAGACACGACCCUGACGUCGGUGCUUAUUGCUAAAACCCACGUGAUGGACACUUUGCGAAAGCUGUAGUAGUUGGUUCAUAUGAGCAGUGCUAUCAAAUCGUCAAAAAGACGUAGGUAUACGUACAGUGUAU